UAAAAAAAAUGAGUGAACUCUGUUGACCAUAUUCACGAGAUUCUUAGGGGUGUCAACUCUGCUGAAUUAUUUAUUUGUACUAGCGCAAUAUGGCGCGUUACGCCUGCCUAUCUUACACAUAUGAAUGUUAUCUUUUCAUAUAAAAAAAAAAUUUCAAUAAUUUAUUUGAAUAUUUGUUGGUUUAAAAUGAGGAGUAGUGAGUGGGUGGAUGGAUUGAAUUUUUUUGAGUAGAUGUGUACAAAUGAAUAUCAUUUUUUUAUAUUGAAUAAUUUUCAAAAUUUUAAUUGAAAAAAAAUGCAUGUAUUGAUAUGCAUAGCUUAGGGAUAUGUUUUUGAGGAGAAUAGCAUUUUAAAUAGUAGUGCUAUAGAGGACAGGUGUGAUCACAUAGAGCACAAGAUCGUUAAAAAAAAAAUAUGUCUAUUAUAGAGAACAGAAGAAGUAAGAAACGUCAGAAAAAUGCAUUUAAUCCCUUCUGCCAAGUGUCAACAAGGGAGUUAUGAAUAACGCAAAUGAUGUCACGGUUGUAUAACUCGAUGGAACAGGUGAUGAUGCGAUGAUAUCAUAACGUCGAGAAAAAUGCGAUAGCUUAAUCAAUUAAUAGAUUAGUUAAGAAUAGCCAUUUACAGUACGACUACACUCGUUACCUACAAUUAUCUAUACUAAUGGGUUGAAUGAAUAUGUGACAAUUGCUUAGCAUUUAAGGAAAGAGUAAAAUUUACCAAGAUAUUGAGAACGACGCUUGAACUUAACUACUAGUGCAUAGAGCUGUUGUUCUCUAGGUCACCGCCGCCAGUGCAUACCUAUAGUUAGUAGACGUAUAUAUGCCAACUAACGAUUCAACUCCUCGGAAACACCUGUUAUCGUUUAUUUUUACUCGCCCAAAGUUGUAAAUUUCUCCAUUCGUUGAAGCACAAACUGAAGCUUAUGAAAACCCAUAUUGUACUCGAACUGCAAAACAAUAAAAAAAAUCCAAAUAAAUAAUGAAUACUAUGAAAGAAUUAGUAAACGAGACGUUCAAAGACAAGGAGCCUUGGAAAAUCGUCACAAUAACAACAGGCUCAGUUCUGAGUGCAGUAUGGCUAUGGAACUUUUUCUACCAAGAUGAGAGCCUCAUCGAGAGAGGAAGAAGACAAAUAUUCAAAUUAGUUCGGUGUAUUCCGUCAGUCCGUCAAAAAAUUGAGAAGGAAUUGAGUGCAUUAAAUUGCACUUUUGAGCGAGAAUCUUUGGAUAGAGUAAAAAAUAUUGAAUUUGUCACAAAACUCCCAUUUAAUGGUUUGACUCACGAGCAAGUCAUUGGGGCAGUGAAGAAGUACAUUCAAUUGGGAGAAUUUGAUUGGCAAAAUGGUAAAGUGUCAGGUGCUGUCUAUAGACACGACAAGGCACUUAUUAAAUUGAUGUCGGAUGUCUAUGGUAUUGCAUCAUAUACAAAUCCAUUGCAUCCAGAUAUAUUCCCUGGUGUGUGUAAAAUGGAGGCUGAGAUCGUAAGGAUCUCAUGCAAAUUAUUCCACGGAGAUGAGGCUGCUUGUGGAACUAUGACAACUGGAGGCACAGAAUCUAUUCUAUUGGCUUGUAAAGCUUUCAGAGACUAUGCAAAGCAUAUUAAGGGAAUAAAAAAACCUGAAAUGGUAGUACCGUCGACGGCUCAUUCAGCUUUUGACAAAGCAGCUCAAUAUUUAAAUAUUAAGGUCCGAUCAGUAUCAAUUAAUCCGAACAGUUGCACUGUUAAAAUUAGUGAUAUGGAGAGAGCUAUCAAUAAGAAUACUAUUAUGCUUGUCGGGUCAACUCCGAAUUUUCCUUAUGGUACGUUUGAUCAUAUUGAGGCUAUCUCAGAGCUUGGGAUGAAGUACAAUAUUCCAGUGCAUGUUGAUGCAUGCUUAGGUGGAUUUUUGCUCUGUUUUAUGCCUGACGCUGGUUUUAACGUGCCAACGUUUGACUUCAAGUUACCAGGAGUGACUAGUAUAUCGGCAGACACGCAUAAAUAUGGAUAUGCGCCAAAGGGUUCAUCGGUAAUCCUUUACAGAGAGAAAAAGUACAGACACUAUCAAUUCACGAUAACAACCGACUGGCCAGGUGGCAUUUAUGGUUCACCGACUGUCAAUGGUUCUCGUGCUGGUGGAAUAAUUGCUGCCUGCUGGGCUUCAUUUAUGCACUUUGGCUACAGUGGAUACUUGGAAUCAACGAAAAAAAUAAUUGAAACCGCGAGAUACAUAGAAACCGGAUUGAGAAAAAUGAAUGGUAUAUUCAUCUUUGGUAGUCCAACUACCUCUGUUAUCGCACUGGGUUCUAACCAAUUCCACAUUUAUCGACUCUCUGAAGCUCUGGCAGCAAGGGGAUGGAACCUCAAUGUUCUUCAAUUUCCAAGUGCCAUUCAUAUUUGUAUUACUCAUGUUCACACGGAGUUUGGCGUUGCUGAUGAAUUUUUGAAUGAUGUCAGAAAUAUUCUCAUAGAAAUUCAAAAACACCCAGGAGAACCCGUCGAAGGAAUGUUUGCAAUGUAUGGAAUGAGCCAAACCAUCGCUGAUCGAAGUGUUGUGGGGGAUUUAACAAGGUCCUUCCUUGACUCUAUGUACUUUACUCCUAAGGAGGAAAUCGAACAGGAGAUAAAUUGAUCUCAAUUCCAUGGAACCUUGUAUUUUCUUGUUUUUAAACUUUCAUAUUAACUAGGUUCUAAACGUGCGCAGUUGCGCACAAUAAACUAAACAAAUGACUUUGCAA